AUGAUUUACAUUACAUUAUUGAGUUGUAUUCUUCAGAGCAUAGCCAAAGAUUGCUCUUUAUUUCCAAGUGAUUACACCAAGAUAGUGGGAAAGGAGAACGAAAUAAUUGUUUAGGAUAUAUGGGAGUAUUUUAGUUAAGUUAAAUACGACGACAUCCUCAUAUUAACAGAUCAAAAUAACAAGCUUACUUUGCUACCACCGAUUGAUCUAAAAACUAAUAGCGAAUCGGUUCCCAAUGUCGAUAAAGUGUUAUCAUACUCUGUGUUGACUACUCAAAGUUAAUGGAUGAAUAAAUUUCAACUCCUAGCUAUUAGAAAUCAAGAUGAAUAAAUUAUAUCAUGGACAGAAAAAAUUGUUGCAGGUACGUAAUAGAGAUACCCAACCUUUGAUAAAACAAUUUUACUUGGAAAGACUGACCAAGUUAUUUGCCAAUCUUCAACUAUUUUAGAUAUAACUCAUCUACUAAUAGAUUGCUAUUAAGUUAAUGAAUAAGAGCCAUAAAAUUAUUUUUAUAUGAUUAGCGAAAAUGAUGCUUAAUAAUAAUUAAAAAUCGAAAAUGCGUAUCCUUAUGAAAAAAAUUAAUAAAGAUACAUUGUAAGCACUUAGAACUAUAUAUAUAGAGUUACUUUGAAAACUAAUAAUAAUCCAGCAAUUAUUGAAUUGUUUACUUAUGAUUUAGAGAAAAAAGACAUAAAACUUUAAAAAACCAUUAACUAAGAGUUAAUUCAAUAAAAUGUGAAUAUUACCGAAUAUUCCUUUGAUAUGGUUGAUGCCAAAAUUAGUCCAUCUGAUUAAAUUGCUAUUUUAGACAAGACUGGAAAUGUAUUUUUACUCAAAUACUACUCCUCAAAUGAUACAAUCGAACUUAAUCAAUAGGGAUAUCUCUUAGGAGAAUCUAUUUCGUUUGAUUAUUAAUUCAAUAAUAACGAAUUUGCAAUCGUAUAAAAACAAUCUAUCAUACAAAACCAUAGAAGUUAUGAUUCAUUAGAAGACAUAUCAAAUUCGAAACUUCAUUUCAGCAAUAAUUUUAUAUUUUUAACUUCCCCCACUCAAAUAAUAGCAUUUGAUAAAUAUUUAUAUGUAAAUUAAAUUGCAUUAGGCGAUUUCAGCAAUGUAUUGACAGAUUAGAAUUAAAAUGACUUCUUAGUCUUCACCAAUAAAAAUAUCAAACAUUAUAUAAGUAACCCUCACUAUAGAAUUUAGUAUCAUAAUAAUGAGCAAGGCAUAACUGGAAAUGCAAAACUAAUUCUCAAUGGCUGUUAAGUCACUAUAGAUUAUUAGACAGUCCCAGCAAAAUCUGUCGAUUUGGUACUAGUAUCAAAGGGAAAUAUUUAAGAUUCUCCAUUUUUCUCAUAAAAAAUAUUCUAAAAUAAUUACAAUAUCCGUCCCAGAUAAUUAGUAUCUGGUCCAAAACAACAUAUUAGUUUUUAAUAGAAUACUAAAAAUGAUCAAAAAAGUGGUGGAAAUAUGACUUAUAUUGGAGUUUAGGGAGAUACAUUUGAUAAGUAUACAAAUAAAAACUUGAGUUUAACCGACUUAAUCUUCCUUUAAACUGUUUCUAUGGCUUAAUCUUUUGAUUAGCCUUUUGCAAUAAUCACCUAGAAUAAACAAAAAGAAUUGGCUAUAUAUAGUUGCUUAACUUUUACAGCUGAAAUUUGUUAAUUGUCCUAUUAGGCUAAGUUGGACUUUGAAAUUACUAAGGAAAACACUCUUAUCCAAUACUAUUAUUAUUAAUUUACAUUCAUCACACUAUUAAAUGAGAAAACAUUGUUCUUUUAUAAAUAUUAGUCAAACUCAUAUUUCAACCGAACUAUUACACUUAAGGAUGAGGACUAAAUCAAAAGCAUAGAUAGCAUUUACUUGAGUUAUUGGUAUUUACUCUUAUUUUCUAAAGCAGCCAAAACUAUUAGUGUGUAUAAUUUUCAGUACGUUGAUUUCCUUUACGUUAUAAACUCUGAAAAAUUAAGCAAUUUAGGAUUUGCUGAUUGGGAUCCAUAAAGAUUAUUUUCAAAUGACUUCGACCAACAAUUAUUUGUUGUUAAUGGAUAAGCAUAGAAUCAACUUCUGAUCUUGAAUUUAACUAAAACAGAUUUCUCUUUUGGACAUCAGGGUUAUUAGUUUUUAUAAUCGAUUUGGCAUCCUUUAAUAGCAGAGCUUAAGGGGAAAUUUACAUUCCAAAUAUACAAUAGAUAAGAUCCUACAAAUAUCUAUCUUGAGAAAACUCCAUCUUUUUAUGACUAUUAGAUUGAAAGUUUUGACUCAUUCUUUUGGGUUGCUUAUAAUAAUUUGUUGCAUGUCAAAGCAAAAUCAGAAUUCAAAUCUGUUAUCUUAUCAUAUAUUGUUGAUUUGACUGAUCACAAUUCAUUAUAUUGUGUAUAAGAUUGGGAUCCAGCCAAUCAAUUUGUGACAGCAACUUAGAAUACAAUAUUAUAAUUUAGUAAGGACAAUGUUUGGGUAUAUUAUAUCUAAAGAUAUCCUUACGUGUCCUAUUCAGUUAGUUUUGAUGACAGCAAUUUCAUUUCUGAUCAAGAAUAUACUAUAGUAUACUCAAAUGAAUAACUGUUAUUGGUUAAUAGAAAUUUCAGAUUGGUUAACAUCUAUAUUGAUUUGAAGAUUAGUUAGGAUAAAUUAAACAUAACAACUAAUUUAACUUCCAAUCAAGAACACAAUUAUAUAUAAGAUAUGGGUAAUGAUUGGUUUUCAGGAGAGGUCACCUAAUUUGAAUUGUAUUUACCUCAAUUUAAAGAUCAAAAAGCAGAAAUAAUAAAUCCUAUUGAAGUUGUAAAACCAUAUUAUCUAAAUAAUUCUAUGAAUGCAAUUGAUUUCAGUACAAACUAUAUUUUUGUUCUGAAAAAUGAUUCCUAUGUUCUUAUUAGUAAAAAGACAAAUGAAGUUGUAGUCACUGAGAAAAUAACUGCAGAUUAUUUAUGCGAAGAUGUCAUAGCAAGUUUUGAUUCCUAGGUCUUGAUUUAAUGUGUUAAAGAUAAAUUAUAGUAUAUUGGUGGAAUACAAUGUGAAAAUACCAAAUGUAAAAUAGGUAGUUCUUGGCUAUAAAUUAAUGGUGACAUCAUAUCAGGAUACAUAGAUACUGAAAAUAUCUUUAUUAUUUAAAGACAGGAGAUCUUGGCGUACUCCAAAGAUAUUCUAGACUUAUCCAAAGCUUAAAAUUACGGUAAAGUAAGUGUUACAGAUUUGGAUAAUUACUAGUAUGGAUUAACUAUUUAAAAAAUUAAGAAGAAUCACUAUCACGUAUAUUGCACUGAUCAUAAUUAUGCAUUUAUUACACUUGAAUAUAGCAUAAAACAGAAUCAAAUUUAGAGAACCAACAAAAUUACUUUCAAUUUAUACGAUUUUAUCAAUGAAAACUUCUAUUAACUUAGUGGAACCAUUUACUCUUGCAUCAAAACAAUUAAUGUUGUGACUACUGAUACAUCAUACAAAGCAGACUUUAUUCUAUUUGCCACUGUUGGUCCUCAUUAUGGAGUACACGUUGAGUUUGCUUGUACUGCUGACCAAUGCAAUUUGCAAUCAAAGAAGAUUGUUUUUGUUUUACAAGGCUAUGGAUCAUUCGAACUCUUGGAGUACAUAUUCGCAAAAGUUAGAAUUGUUAACAAUUUCAUUUAAAUUUCCUAUACAGACUCUGGCAGAGUGAAAUUGGUUUAGACAAUCUAUUAACUACCUAAGGUCUAGGCUACCCAUACAGCAGUAAUCUUUUUUGCCGCUUUAAGACCUGCAUACUAUUAUUCAAGAAAUUACAUUUAAGAGGAAUUGUACUCAUACGAAAACUAAUUGUAUUACAUUACCAAUUCAGAGCAUAUUGACUAAUUAGCAUUGUAUAAGAUUAAUUCAUCUCCACAACUAUUGCUUGACGGAAAAUUUGAUAAAUCCUCUGGGUAUAUUAGAGUUAAAAACGAUUUUUCAUUUGAUUAAAUACCCAUAACUAUUCAAGGACCUGGUGGUAAUGAUGAUGACGAUCACGAUAAUACUACUACUAGUGGCCAUACAGGAGUUUGGGUAGCCUUGGGUAUAUUCGGAGGCUGUCUAAUCUUGGGAACAGGAUAUUACUGUUACAAGAAGAAGAAAACUAAGGUCGACACUUUAAUUUGA